CCCACAGACACACACACUUCUGCUUAGCUCCAUCUUAACUUCUUCCUUAGCUAGCUGUAGUGUGAUUUGAGAGGUCACUAUUUCUUUGGGUUCUUCUCUCACCAUUGCUCGACAUGAUGACUUCUUCACCAUACACAGCCUUUCUUCCUCUGUCACUCUUAUUUCUCAUCAUCUCAUCAGCACAAGCGGUCGCUUUGAACACUACAACUACUUCUGAUGAGAAGAAAGAUCAUCAUCAUGAUGACAACAAUGUCUACAUCGCUUACAUGGGCCUUUCUUCUGAUGACAAUCCUGAAUCCACAGAAGAUGCACAUCUGAAGCUGCUUGAGGACAUCAUCCUUCGUGGCCCAUUGGCUGCAAGGCAAUCCAUGCUGUAUUCCUACAAGCACGGGUUCUCCGGUUUCGCGGCUCGGUUGACCGAGGCUGAAGCUAAGACACUAGCCGCUGAUCGGGGCCCGGUAUUUCUCCCAUGGGGCUGGGCCUUCGCCUCCCUCCUUCCUGUCUCCACGCGACUCGGCGGGUCACGGGACCCACACGUCCUCCACUGCCGGGGUUCCGUGGUCACUGGAGUGAGCUUAAUGGGCCUCGCCCGAGGAGUGGCCCGUGGAGGUGCCACACAGGCCCGCCUCGCCAUGUACAAGGCUUGUUGGACGAGGACUUGCGAUGAGUCGGACAUCCUCAAAGCAUUCGACAUGGCGAUCCACGACGGAGUGGAUAUCAUCAGCAUCUCUGCCGGAAGACGUAUCCCGCUGUUCCCCAACGGCGCCCGUGAUCGUCACACCGAUCCCAUCUCGCUGGGAUCCUACCACGCGGUGGCCCGCGGGAUCACGGUGGUCGCGUCGGCGGGGAACGCGGGCCCCGAUUCGUACUCGGUCGUCAAUGUUGCCCCAUGGCUCAUCACCGUAGGCGCGUGCACCACGGAUCGCCGCUUCUUAGCCAGAAUCUCUCUUCUUGGAGACAAUUCAACCCUGGGGCAGUCGUGGUCAGCAGGAGAGGGCUUGAACACCUUUGAGGAAAUCAUCCAUCCAGAAUCUAAGGGCUUUGGCAGCAAUGUUUGCCUGGGAGAGAGAGGCAAUGGCACAGCCACCGGGGGUAAAAUCGUACUCUGCUUCAAGAUAAAGACCGAUCCAUUUCAGAGCAUGUCCUCCGCAUCAAAUGCAGUGGCCCAAGCGGGUGGAGUAGGGUUGAUAUACGCCCAGACUCGAGACGACUAUCAUGGCUUCUGCUCAAUCCCCUGUAUCAAAGUCGAUAUUGAGGUGGGGACGCGUAUCCUCGCCUAUAUUAAGCAAUCCAGGACCCCUAUGGCCAAGUUGGGUGCACCCUACAAUUUCAUCGGCACGGUGGCCUCGCCGAGGGUGGCUUUUUUCUCAUCACGGGGCCCUAAUUCGUUUUCUCCACAUGUUCUCAAGCCUGAUAUAGUGGCUCCUGGAGUUGAUAUUUUGGCGGCAUUCCCCUCCUCGGCACAUGGAGUCCCCAUGUACCAUUUAGAGUCGGGGACGUCCAUGUCCGCACCUCAUGUCGCCGGCAUCGUGUCCCUCUUGAAGGUUGAGCACCCAGACUGGUCACCCGGGGCCAUUCGUUCCGCUCUUGUAACCACCGCAUGGUCAUCUCAAACGGACGGGGAUGAGAUCGGAGACGGAGGAGUCAUGGACGACAAGGUUGCGGAUAUGUUCGACAUUGGUGGAGGGGUGGUCAACCCGAUAGGGUCUUUAGACCCAGGUCUAAUUUUCAACACUAGCAUGGAGGACUACCGCCUGACACCGGACCAGGACCACCUCAUGAACCUACCAUACAUCAUCGUUCCACACCUAGGGACAACAGAAAUAGCAGUGACUCGGACAGUCACAAAUGUUGGUCCUAACAAGUCUGUCUACCAGCUGCAAACGGUGAAGGCUCCCUUUGGGACGGCAAUGAAGGUUGAACCAAGGACUUUAGAGUUCAAUAAUGACACAAAGACAGCAACGUUUCGGGUGACCUUUGUCCGAACCACCAAGUUCCAGAGAGGAUUCAGCUUCGGAGCCCUCACUUGGAGUGACGACGGACAUCAUCAUCGUGUUCGAAUCCCCGUGGCUGUACGUGUCAUUAAUUUUGGGGUGUUCGGAGAUGUAUGAAGUAUAUAUGGAGAGUAUCUUUGUGAUGAAGAAGAAUGGUAUAGCUACAAGAAUGUAUACUUAAAUGGGACGGAGAAAAGAGACGGAAAAGAAAUCCGUCUCUUUUAAGUCCCUAAAAUUGUUUGUCUCAUUUAAGUCCCUAAAAUUGUUUGUCUCUUAUCCCUCUCACAACUGCAACCUUUAGGACUUAAGACAGAAAAGAGAGACAGAUUUCUGUCUCUAAAGAAUUCUGUCCAAACGAAUGGGCAUAGAGACGGAUUUCCGUCUCUAAAUAUAUGUUUAGACAAUGAGACAAAUAUAGGAACUGAUAUUAG